UUAUGUUGUAAAAAGUCAAAUUGAGUUAGCGAAAAGCAAAUAUUAGUGAAAAAUUGAGGAAAUAUUUAUUGUGAUAGUAAAUAAAAUAUAAUUGUUAAAUAGACUAAUUUUUUAUAUUAUUAAAAACAAAAAAAAAGUUGAACUUAAGAAUGGAAAAAGCACCAGUUAAACAGUAUGAACAAAAAAGUUGGCUUCCAAUUGAUGAUAGUGAUGAUAGUGAUGUAGAUGAAAUCGAUGUUGACAAAUUAGCUCCACUCGAAAUUGGGCCACAUGAAAAUAAAUUGCAAUAUAGCUAUUGUUUGUGGUUUGCCAAGAAAGGAACUCACCGUGCGACGGAUUACAGCAAAAGUUUACAUUUUGUUGGAAGAUGCGCAACGGUUGAACAGUGGUGGUCCUUAUAUUGUCAUUUAGUACGGCCAACAGCGCUAAAGACAUAUAGAGAGUUAAGUCUUUUUAAACAUGGUAUAAAGCCAAUGUGGGAGGACCCAGCGAACGCUAAAGGUGGUCAGUGGGUUAUUCGCUUACGAAAAAACAAAAUAGAUCGAGCUUGGGAAAAUGUUUGUAUGGCUAUGUUAGGGGAACAAUUCUUAGUUGGUCAAGAAAUUUGUGGAGUUGUAUUAACAACAAAAUAUCCUGAGGACAGCUUAUCUAUUUGGAAUCGUACAGCCACAGAUCAGGUUAGUACUAAUCGUAUAAGAGAUACGUUAAGACGGAUAUUAAACCUACCUCUUAAUACUCCAAUGGAGUAUAAAACUCACUGUGAUAGCCUGAAAUAUGUAGCAAUGUCUAAAAAUACACUGAAAAGCUGAAAUAAAGCAAUAAUCAACAACUCAGUAGAAAAGUAAAUUUUAAAAAUUCUGCUACUAUUUAUGUAAAAAUUGGAAUCCAAAAUAAAAACAUUCAAAUAUUUUAAUUAAAACUUUCAA